UCUAGUUCAUAGCAGCUACCCAACACUAAGCGUUGUUCUUCCAUCUCAUUUUUGGGGACGCGCGCGAGCGAUUUGUAUUUUGUUAUCGGUUCCUUUUAUUUAGUGUUGCUCUUCUUAUAAACAUUUACAGUUAGUUUAAACGACGCCAGCAAGAUGGCGGAUCCAAGUGGAUUUAAAUUGUUCAGAACAGUGGAUCCGACAACAGUAAAUGUGCCGCUAAAAGAAAAAUUUGCGAAUCUGACACUAUCCUCCAACAAGAAAAAGCAGCAGCAGCAGCAAUCUGCAAAACAGGAUCAGCUACAAAGCGUCAGUCGCCAACUUUUGCCCGAAUUGGAUAUAAUAACUGUUGUUCAGUCUGACGAGCAUCCAUUGCUGCGCAGCGACUCCUCAUCCUUAAGCGCUAUGGGACGGCAGCAGUCGUCAAAGGCAUCGAGAGACGAUGUCUCAGAUUAUAUGGAGACACUGCAGCUGAGCGCCGAUGGAUGUACCCAGCGCACUGUGGAUGCAGAUGCCGAUGCGGAUGUGGAGCGUCUAUCUACACAGGUAUACAAUUUGACAGUGAAGCCGGAAAUUCCGCAGAUUUCCAUUUGCAUAUCUUCAACAACUGAAGAGGAUCUGGAUGACGAUGAUGAUGACGAUGACAAUGACAAUGACAAAUCGUGCAUUACCAUAUCCGAUACCAGUGACAGCGAGUGUGCUCCAGCGGAGGAACAGCCAGCCAACCACCAGGAGCCAGAGACGGAGCCAGGCAUGACAGUCAGCGGGCAGGUAGCAACAACAGCUGCUCCAGAGCCACAGGCUGUUCAUCUCUCCAAUGGCAAGGUGCAGCGAAUUGAGGCUUUCCUGCGUGACGUAUCCUUUGAACGGCGUGCAAUGAUCCGUCGUGGACAGAUGGCCCUGUCUGGCGAUCAUACGCGCUUGGCCAGCGCUGAUACUGAGUCCAUGAGUCUGCUCGAUGUCGAUUGCACACAAUUGCCAUCGGACAUGGCCACGAUCACGACGACGCAUACGUCUGAGCCCAAUGAGCAGCUGAAUAACAGCAAGCGAUUGGCGGAUAAUGAUACCGAGAUGAAUACUUUGUGCUCAUCCGAAGAGCAGCUGGAAACGGAUAGCAGCAAGCGGCUGGCGCAUGAUGACACCGAGGUGAACACACCCGACAUGGAUGAGCCGAUGUCUGAUUCCACGCACUUGGACCAAACCAUACCGGAGACCAGCACCGAACUGGAACCAUCUCCCGCCCGGCCCAGCUCGUCUUCAUCGGCAGAGACAGAGACGGAGGCGGUCAUACAAGUUAGCAGCAUUAAUAUAUCGGCAAAGAUCAAUAUUAAAAUCCACAUACCGAAAAUGGAUUCGAGCUCGGCAGAGUCCGACGAUGCAAUAGACGAGGAGGCGAAGGCGGAUGUGAGCUACGUAAAGCCACAGAAUCAGGCACUAGAGAGGCAAAAGUCGCAGAGAAGGACACAAGAACAGAAGAGUUCUAUUUUUGGCGACGACGGUUCAGAGGAUGAGCAAUUUCUGACGAAUGCUGAGAAGCUGUUGAAUGAACUCUACGGCACAACCUGGCAAACACCGGAGAAUAUAUACCUUCUCAAACACCCCAACGCCAGCAAGGGCAAAACAGCAGCAACAACAACAAAAACAACAGCAUCGACAUCAUCAUCAACGGGAAUAAACCGCACUCCGCUGAACGAGAUCAGGCGACAGCCGAGAGUACGUCGUCAAGCUGCGACAACAGCUAAGAAAGGGAUGCCACCGCCACCGCCGCCACCUGCAACGCCCAACGAGAGCGCACUGGGCGACUUUAGCCUCUUUAAGCAAGCCUUGCAUUCAACGAAACUGAAUUCGACGCAUCUGCCGAAGGUGGCCAGGACGGAGAGGCGACCGGUUAAGCAGGUUGUGCGCACCAAUCAUAUACACGAGGAACGCUUGCGGGCUUUGGUUGAUACGGACAGUGGCGGUGAUGCCUCCGAUGAUGAGGAUGCCGAUGCAACAGCAUCAGAUAGCAGUGACAAUGCCAAUGGCAAUGCUAAUGAUGGCAAUUUGACCUACUUGGAUCUAACCAAGGCCGAGGUAGAGGUGGUCGGCAAUCCCAAUGAAGAAGCUGAUGCUGCCAUAAGCAAAUUUCCAAAACGACUCGAUGACAUUCUACGCACCUGUCGCGCCACCGAUAAACCUAAGUUGCCUGCCACGCCUGCAACGCCUGCCACGCCAGCAAUGACCGCAGAUCGGAUCCCGACACGCCGUCAGCUUUUUACGCCAAAUACGGGCUUUGAGACCGAGGAGGAGGCCAAGCGCAUUGUGGACCAAGCGCUCGACCUGAGCUUCCUGGAUGACCUGGCGAAUUUUUAUUUGCCGGAUACGGCGGUGCAUAGGCGUAUGCUGGAGGUAAAAAAACAGCUGGGCAUGCCCAUAAAAACGCCAAGGAGGAAACCGAUCUUUAAGCUACACACACCACAGACCGCACCGCCGGCCAAAACCAAAACAGUGGAACGUUCCAAAAUGCCACAGAACAAUGUCAAGCAAGGCAAGGAUGUGGACAAACGCAGUGGAAAAUGCAGCUUCAUCAAGUCGCUGGAGCCAGAGAUCAGUCGGGAUCGUUGCGACAACGAGGCAUUCUUCUAUCGCGAGAACUAUGCCAAGAACAAGGAGCAGCUGGCGAUGCGACUAUACGACAUGUUCAACGCCCAGGUCUGCAAUAAUGGACUCCAAGUGCCCAUCACCUGGUCCAAGCUGCUGCGCAAUACAGCGGGCAGAUGCACAACUAAACAAAGAGGGCAGCAGAGAAGCAGCUCUGUGGAGCUGAGUUCCAAGGUGUUGACCAGUGCGGAUCGAUUGCGCUGCACCUUAAUCCAUGAGCUGUGCCAUGCGGCUGCCUGGGUAUUCGACGGUGCGUGCGGACACGGUGUCGUUUGGAAGCGUUGGACUGGACUUGCCAACGACAAGUUUCCCGAUCUGCCGCCGAUUCGAGUUUGUCACGACUACGAUAUUGAGUUCAAGUACACAUAUAAAUGUGAUAACUGCAACGCAGCUUCAUAUGCCCACUCACGAUCUCGCAAGGUGGAGAAUUUACGUUGCAGCAUUUGCUGUGGACACGUCAUAGUGCUCCUAAACAGGAAGGACAAGUCUGGAAAUAUUGUUCCGACGCCGGUGCGAGAGGCGACAGGUUUCGCCAAGUUCGUCAAGGAAAAUUUUCAUAAGUACAAGCGCCCCAAUCUUACUGCUCCGCAGGUGAUGCGCAUUCUGAGUGCAGAGUAUGCCAAGGUAAAGCCCAAAGGACAGUUGGCAAAAAAAGACGAAGUGGCCACUAUAGUUAGCCAAGUGGAGACAUUAACAUUAGAUGAUGAUGAUGAUGAGCAAGACUAAGCGUACAAAAUUCGUUUAUUAAUUGUUUGUUUGAAUAAUAAAAAAAGCGCAUUUUC